UGCCGCCGCCGCAUCAGUGCCCCGCGCGCCGUCAGCUCCCUUAAACGUACCGCUGCCGCCGCCGCCACCGACGUUGUCGUCGACGUAUUUGUGCCGCCGCCGCCGCCACCGUUGCUCCAGUUGCAGCGUGCACCGGACAGGUCGUCAAUACGUACCAUACACAGUCGGAACGAGUGGACCGACAACGACAACAACAACAACAACAAUAAUAAUAAUAAUAAUAAUUAUAAUUAUAUGACUUCAAAAUAUUAUAUUAUUAUAAUAUUUCGGUUACGGUUAAUUAUUUCGAUAUUAUAAUAUACGUAUUUUGUUAUAAUAUGUACAGUGCCGGCGCGUUUUAAAUUUGUGCACUGACCGUUUACGCAUAUCACGUAACAUAGUAAUCACUAUUUGACGCACACGCACACGUAUAUAGGAUACAAUAGAUCACUGCGCAUCACCAAUUCGGCGGCAGGAGAUGAAUCUGGUGUCCAGGCAUCAGUACGGUGGCGGAGGCGGCAUCGUGUCGUCAUCGUCGUCAUCGUCGCGAUCGUACGGUGGCUGUGGCAAAUCGGACGAAGCGACCAGCACGGACGAGGAGGCGAUAGUGGACGUCGAACGGCCGGACACGCCGCCACCGCCGCCACAACUGUCGCCGUCGGCUGCAACCGACAACCGGCGCCGCGCCUGCAUCAACGGCGGCCGGCCGGUGGCCGCGUCUGCGAUGGCCAGUGCGGCCGCGCUCACCGCAUGGCUGAAUCCAGCCACGUUUUGGCGAGACUCCGAUCAGUGGCGCAACGUGCUGGUUAACUACUACCACAUGAAUAGGGCCGCGGCAGCCCGGUCUGCAGGCAGGGGCCGUGGCGCCGUCACCACUUAUCGCCCGUCCGCCGUACCGGCCAUCUGCGGCGUCGGCCCGUCCGCCGGCCGGAAGCCGUCGACAGCCUGCGCGGCCGGACCACCACCCCUGCCCCUGCCACCGACGACGACGUCCCAGUCUUCUUCAACGUCGUCUCGCCCGAAGAAACGGUACAUCUGCACGUACUGCCAGCGCGAGUUCAGCAAGUCGUACAACCUGCUCAUACACGAGCGCACGCACACCGACGAACGACCUUACCCCUGCGACGUGUGUGGCAAGGCAUUUCGCAGACAGGACCACUUGAGAGACCACAGGUACAUACACGUCAAGGAAAAACCUUUCAGGUGUCCAGUGUGUGGCAAAGGUUUCUGUCAGUCCAGGACGUUGUCCAGUCACCGGAGCAACCGGAAUUCUAUGUGCCUGGACACAACCGUUUUACAUCAACAGCAACAACGGGACGCCGCCAGCAACAUACGCAGGCCCAAAAUGAUCACAGACUUUUCCAUCAACUCUAUAUUGAACUUGCAGUAAAUCUGCUAUAUACAGUGUAUUAUAAUAUUGUUUGUUUUCUAACCCCUCGAUUAUUUUGAUCUCAAGUGCGUAUGUGCAGACGUUUAAAGGUGAAAGACUAUAUUUUAUCAUUAUUAUUAUUAUAAUUAUUAUCAUUAUCAUUAUCAUAUUAUAUUAUAUAUAAUAUACGCGACCGCAAAGAAUCGAUGCAAAUUUAAUAUUAUAAGAUACGUUCGUCACAUAAUCAUGCAGUGCAUGUCCGCCGUAUAUAACGCGAUUUAUAUUAAUAUACAUAUAUACAUAUUAAAUAGGCUCUAUAUAUUUACCUACAGAACGAAGAUUUAUUAUUAUUACGGUUUUACCACCCAUCGCAUCGAUUCUUUGCGUAGAUAACUUUUUUGUAUGUGCCUACUCAGCGGCAAUGCCGUGAACGUCUUUUUGAAAUGACAUUUGCAUAUUAUAAUAUAUAUUAUUAUGUAGAUUAUAGAUGCAUAUCGUCCUGUUGUAUAUAAUAUAUUAUUAUGCCUUAGGUGUGUGUACCUAUACCUAUAUUAUUAUUAUUAUUACUAAUAUAUUAUGUGUACACUUUUUUGGAUUAAAAAUAUUUAUUUUUUGUUAUUAUUCUACCGCUCAUUACAGAUGAUUUAAGUGCAUAAACCUUUGCAGAUAACAAUCUGCCGCGUGGUGUUAUAAUGAUUAUUUUGAAUUGUUUUCAUAUUUUAUUAUAAUUAUCAUAAUAUAUUAGCCGAUAACGCAAUAAUAUUUUUUGUUUAUUAUUAAGCAUGUGACAUUUCGUUUUACAACUGUUUUUACCAAAGAUGUUUUAAAAUAAACUCGUAUACAUUAUGUAUUA